AUUGCUACCUCACCAAUUGGCGGCGCACAACAUGCCCCCUCAGUCGCCAUUCCGAAUAGCUAAUAGAGCUUAUGCUACAUUGAAAACGAAGACUGCCCCCGUCCUCCACACACGACAAGCUCCACAGCGCUCCUCACCAGCACAAGCUUCAUCGUCACCUCUACCUUCACCACCACCCAGCUGGACACAAUCUCCCUCCCUCCGCCGCACCGCCCGCAUCCUAGCAUGGAGCACCAACGUCAUCGCCGGUCUCUGUGCCAUAACCUUCAUCCGCGACAACCUCCUGCGCAUCGACGUGAUCCGGGGCUCCUCCAUGUCGCCCACGCUCUCUCCCACCGUCCACGAGACCGGUGCUGAAGACUGGGUCGUCAUAGCCCCUGUUCGCGAACGGCCACCAAAGAUCCAAUACAAAGACGGCCGCGCAUUCGUGGAGGACAGCAAGCAGAAAGAAGGCGAGGGCGUUCGCAGGGGCGACAUCGUGACGUUCUGGAAACCGCAUAGACCCGAGGAAAUCAGUAUUAAGCGGGUCGUUGCGUUGCCGGGCGAUGUCGUGUAUCCUAAGCGCGGGUAUGCGCUUGAUCCUGAGAUCGUGAGGACGGGACGCGCGCAUACGCUUGAUGGGCUGCCGCAGGUAGAUGAGGAUGCUGUUGGUGGGAGGCUAGAGGAGUUGGAGGUGGGCAAGGUAGUGGUGCCGUAUGGACAUGUAUGGGUUGAAGGGGAUAAUUGGCGGAACAGCUUUGAUAGUAGGGAUUUUGGACCGCUUGCUAAGGGGCUGAUUGAGGGGAGGGCGGUGAAGAUUUGGAGGGGGUGGGCGGAUUGGAGGGAUGUUGGGGAUGAGCGGGAGAAGAAGGGGAGGAGUAGGGUUGUGAAGGGGAGGGGGGAAGUGCCAAAGGUGUUCUUAGAGUGA